UUAAAAAUGGCGAUGGGAUCUUGCGAUGAUGCUCAAGAAAUUAGGUUAGAUUAAUAUCCGUGAAGACGAACCACCGGGUCUCCGAAAUCGAAUUUUUCUUAUAAUCCUUGAAAGGACACACUAUGGCGCAGAGCAGAUUGGAAAAAGUUGGCACGAUUUAUACCAGAGUUAUUUCACUACUAAAAGGCAAAGCUAUGAAAGAGGAAGACAAACCAUUAUGGUUGGCAGUAUAUGAGGCUUUUCCUCCAAAAUAUGAACCUAGAUUUGAUAGACAAUUGCCAAAGAAAAAUAUCAAAAAUAUUUUUUACAAAGAGGAUCUUAUUCGAGCAAGGUUCCUCAAAGAUCAAGACUUCAUACCAGCUAUUAAUUUAGCCAAUGAAAGUGUCCCAUCUGCAACACAAAAUUUUCUAUCUAUAUACAAAACAAUAAAAGAGCAGGAAAAAUUAUCGGGCAAUGAGACCUAUAAAAAGGCAAUGCAACAGUACACUUCUGAGGUAAAAACAAGAAUGUUGAAGAAAGUAGAGACUAAUACAGAUAAUAAACCAUUUGAUAUAUUUAAGUGAUAGUAAAAUAUUUUUUUUCUGUAAAUAAAAAUUUUGUUAUUUAAUGGGUAGUAAUAUUUAUAUUAAUUGAAAUAUGAAUAUCACCAUAUGUGUUGUGCUGAAGUAGAAAUGAUAAUAGAGUUUUAUUCAACAAGUUUGUAUUUUGUGACAGUCAAUACAUUAAAUAACAAUAGAUUUCUAUAAAGUUACAACUUAUGAGUAUGAGAUGAUAAUCAUAAUAAUCUUCAUGAUGAGAGUAAACAUGAAUUUACAACUAUGUGUUCCUAAUGUGUCGAGAUCAAUCAUAGAAUUUUCUCUUAUAAUCGAAUAAUUAUAAAUCUUACACCAUCAAUCACUUGCCAUAUUCCGAGGCAUACUUAAUAAUAAUCUGGAAAGUAUUAUAUAGGAUAGAUGUAUAAUUUUUUUCUCGUUUCUUCAUAAUAAUUAUCGUCUUAGAAAAAAGGGAUACAAGCUGCGUUUAUAUAUCACACUGUGGUUCGCUUCACGAGCUGCAGGUACAAGUAAUUAAAAAAAUAAGUAUAAAAC